AAAGUGUUACUAUGUAGUUGUAUUUUCCAAGGCAGGCAAGAUACACUGAUUGCAGUGUUGUGUAUGUUGUGGAAUGAAGAGUUCAGUUGUUGACCAAAAGCCGAUAAAGAAAGAAGAGCAAUUGUGAUUUGAAUCAAAGUGUUAGUGCUGUGUGAUUUAAAAAUGAACCAUUUUCUCUUCGAUUUUUUCCUGUGUUUUUUUAUACUUAGUUCUUGGAGAAAGUUAAGUGUAAAUUCUCAGUGUGUUGGAGAUUGUGAGAAUUGCAUAACGCCAAAGGGUGAAAGAGGACAAUGUGUAACUAUAAAAAAUUGUCCUCAAUUGCUUCGAAUACUUUCGUAUGUGCCGAUUAGGGCUGAAGACGCAAAUCUAUUAAGGGAUUCGAAUUGUGGAUUUCAAGGCAUCGAUCCUAAAGUGUGUUGUAGUUUGACGAAUGAACAAAUUACAACUCCACCGCCUGCAACUAGAAUACCUUUAAACACUGGAGAAAAACUGACAGCAAGAGGUAAGGGAUUCCAUUGCGGGGGCGUCCUUAUCAGCAACAGAUACGUGCUAACAGCGGCUCAUUGUGUUAAAGGAAAAGAUUUACCAAGAACAUGGACUCUUUCUAGUGUCCGCCUAGGAGAAUACAAUACCGAGACAGAGGAAGAUUGUGUCACAAGUGGUAAUGGGUACAAAUGGUGUUCAGACAAGCCCAUCGAUAUUCCAGUUGAAGAAAGAAUUGCCCACGAAAAGUAUCAGCCUAGGGAUCCUAAUCAGUAUAACGAUAUAGCUCUGUUGAGGUUAUCACGAGCUGUUAAUUUUACCGAUUACAUUAAACCAGUAUGCUUACCGACAAGUUCGGAGCUUAUAAAUAACGAUUUUGUCGGUACCACAAUGUACGUCGCAGGCUGGGGAAAGACAGAGAACAGUUCUGACAGCCCCAUUAAGUUAAAAUUGAAGGUUCCUGUAAAGAGGAUAACAACCUGCGCUGAAGUGUAUCGCAAUGCAGAUAUAGAACUCGGUCCCACUCAAAUGUGUGCAGGGGGUGAAUCGGGUAAAGACUCAUGUAGGGGCGAUAGCGGAGGACCUUUGAUGGGAAAUUAUAAGAAUGCUAAUGCCGAUGCCAAUUGGUAUGCCCUUGGAUUGGUCUCUUUUGGCCCAUCGCCCUGUGGAACAGCCGGAUGGCCAGGCAUUUACACCAAAAUUAACGAUUUUGUACCAUGGAUUGUUAACAAGUUGAAACCAUAGCAGUGAUUAUUGUUAUUAACUUUUAAAAUUGUGUUAAUUGUAAAUAGAACUUUUUAAAAUAA